CAUUAACAAAAACAGAGAGCAACAAGAAUCCAACUCCUUCCUCAUCUGCUAAUACUCAAAUGGCACGCAUACAGUUUUCGAUCAUCUUAUUUGCUCUAUAUCUUCUCCAGCUACUUUCAGGAACAUUGUCAGCGACGUUUACAAUAACAAACAAGUGCAGCUACACGGUCUGGCCAGGGAUACUUUCUGGAGCUGGAACUGCACAACUUUCCACCACAGGCUUUUCUCUGGAAUCAGGCCAGUCAACUUCAAUCUCGGUGCCUACUUCUUGGUCAGGACGUUUAUGGGGUCGCACUUUCUGCACCCAAGACUCCACGACUAACAAAUUCACUUGCCUAACCGGUGACUGUGGCUCUGGCACUCCAGAAUGCUCUGGAAGUGGAGCAGCCCCUCCUGCCACCCUGGCUGAAUUCACUCUAAACGGUGCAGGCGGGCUCGAUUUUUACGAUGUUAGUCUUGUUGACGGCUAUAACCUUCCCAUGCUGGUUACACCCCAAGGUGGAAGUGGAGGGAACUGUACUAUUACUGGAUGUGUUGCGGACUUGAACAAUGGAUGUCCGACGGAGCUUAAGGUUACUGAAACGGCGAAUGGCGAGGACGUGGCCUGUAAAAGCGCAUGUGAAGCAUUUGGUGAUCCUCAAUAUUGCUGUAGUGGAGCAUAUGCAACACCAGAUACAUGCAAGCCAAGUUCUUACUCCAUGUUUUUCAAAACUGCGUGUCCUAAAGCUUACAGCUACGCCUACGAUGAUGGAACAAGUACCUUCACUUGUGCCGCCGCCGGUUAUGCUAUCACUUUCUGUCCUAGUCCAAGCACAAGGUAAUUCAUUUUCCAAUCUAAAUCCGCACGAUUUUUGUUUACAGAUUAUAGUUUAGGAUGU